UGAUGUACAAAGUCAGCCUGCCUUGGCUGCUGAGCUCCAAAGCAUCCUGGAGCCCUUCCUGCUCCGUAGAGUCAAAUCUCAGGUGGCCGUCGAUCUGCCCAAGAAAACCGAGCUGGUGGUUUAUCACGGCAUGUCCGCUCUGCAGAAGAAAUACUACAAAGCUGUUCUGAUGAAGGAUCUGGAGGCUUUUGGAAAUGACCAAGGCAGCAAGACUCGGUUGCUGAACAUCUUGAUGAACCUGAGGAAGUGCGUUGACCACCCUUACCUGUUUGACGGAGUUGAGCCAGAGCCGUUUGAGAUGGGGGAACAUCUCAUUGAAGCCAGUGGAAAACUUUGUCUUCUGGACAGCAUGCUGACAUUCCUCCACAAAGGGGGCCAUCGGAUCCUGCUGUUCUCUCAGAUGACGAGGAUGCUCGAUAUUCUCCAGGACUACAUGGAGUACAGAGGUUACAGCUACGAACGUCUGGAUGGGUCAGUCCGAGGGGAGGAACGAAACCUAGCAGUGAAAAACUUCAGCAGCAAAGAUGUCUUCGUCUUUCUGCUCAGCACUAAAGCCG